GAACCAGGAAGCGGUGCAGGGAGUGUGGUAAGGGGGCGUGCCUGCCUUCAGUUCCGAAAAGCCACAGCGUCUCGCCCGGGUUGAAUUUUGGUUUUCAGAUCCGGCUCAGACAGGAUCCUGAGACCCCUGGCCACCCCCACAGCUCAUCCCCAGCUGCAGACGCGGAUCUCAGGACAAGACUGGGUUUGCUGCCGCUCUGUCGCCGCCGGGACAGGUCAGGAUCCAGGCCUUGUGGCCUCUACCGGAGCUCCCAACUCCGCCGCCCCAGCCAUGGCACAGAAACCCAAGAUAGACCCCCACGUCGGGCGGCUAGGCUACUUGCAGGCGCUGGUCACAGAGUUCCAGGAAACCGAGAGCCAAGAUGCCAAGGAGCAAGUCCUCGCCAACCUCGCCAACUUCGCUUAUGACCCGGGCAACUACCAGUACCUACGGCAACUACAAGUCCUGGACUUAUUCCUUGAUUCUCUGUCGGAAGAGAAUGAAACCCUAAUCAAGUUUGCUAUUGGGGGGCUCUGCAACCUGUGCGCGGACAAGGCCAACAAGGAGCACGUCCUGCAGGCGGGGGGCCUCCCGCUCAUCAUCGGCUGCCUGUCCAGUCCUGACGAGGAGACGGUGCUGUCUGCUGUCACCACUCUCAUGUACCUGAGCUCGCCAGGCUCCCGCUCCCAUCCCGAGCUGACCUCCCUGCCCGUGGUCCAGUGCAUGCUGCGCUUCUCCAUCUCUGCCAGCACACGGCUCCGGAACCUGGCCCAGAUAUUCCUAGAGGACUUCUGCUCGCCGAGCCAGGUGGCUGAGGCCCACAGCCAGCAGGCCCAUUCUGCCCUGGGGAUCCCACUGCCAAAGACUGAGGCCCCACAGCAGCCCUGACCCAAGGACACUUAAAGAUCCUGCCACAGGUAUAGGAAGCAGAAGGCUAAUAGCAUCCUGAGCCCAUCCUGCGCAAAGUGGUGCUUGUUCAGCUGCAUGCAAGCUGCAGUCUUGGCAUGACAGGCGUUUGCAUCCAGGGAAAACAGGAGGAGGGACGAAGCCAGACUUGAGAUGCUUAGAGGAGAACCAAAGCUGGUAUGGCUUUCAUGGACUGGCAAUCAAUAAACUACAGACAGACCACCACCUCUGCUGCCCCCAGUGCCCAGCUAAUGCCCUCGUGUAAGAAGCUGUGCCCCUGGGAGAGUGGCCAGUACCAUGAGUGUCCAGAGUAAUUUUGAUGGCUAGAGAUCAAUCAGCCUUAUUGUCUGGGGAAAUGCCGUGGGUUGACUCCUCCCGUGUUGAGGCUGAGUAUCUGGGCAUGGUAGCAUUGACUUGGAGAGCUCUGCAGAACAGAAACAACUAUCCACACAGCCCUGCUCUCUGCGAGGCGCCCUAAGAGGAAUGCAGAGGUGAAGUGUCUUCCCUUGGGUGUCACAGCUUAAUGAGUGUUAACUAAAUGGCCAUUGGGCAUGAAGAACAAGGCCCUACAGGUGUGAGAGCAGAAUGAAGGAGAACUGAGGGCACCCGGGCAUGCCUUGUCUCUCUGGAGAGGCCCUACAUAGGAUCCUUGGGUUAGACAGCAAGACAGUGACUUCUGUUUUACCAGGCUGUGGACCACUCAUGUGCCAGCUGCCAAGUGUGGCAUCCCUGUCUUUUCAAAAGAGUUGCUCUGGCCCCCUUUGCCUAUGGGUCAGAUCUUCUGACACUUGGGUGGGAGCCCUGAACAUGAACCUUUCAUGGGCUAUCCCAGUCUGCUUCCUGCCAUUCUCUCAGGAGCCACAAGCCUCCAGUAGGUACUGUCAACCCCUCAGGACUCAGAUGCAGACCUUCCAUAAAGACACCUAGAAACUAAUGUCAGGGGACCAUGGCGGCCCAACCUCUAAUCUAAUCCCUUGAGAGACAGGAGCGGGAUAGCGAUGAGUCUGGUCCACCUAGUGAGUUCCUGACCACAAAGGUCCGAUAGAGUCUAACGAGCUCCUGUAACUGGUUACCCCGCCCUCCUCUGCCACUGAGAAGAAAAAAUGGAAUUAGGGGAUAAGCGAAGAGCAGUCCUGACAGGAAGUGGAGUUUAGGGAAAAUGGGGGCCCUGAUCACUCAGCAUUGUCCCCCCUCAGAUGGACAACGAAAGCUGAGGAAGGAGAUCUACAAGGGCUGGAGAGGGGCUGUCGUACAGCCACUGGAUGAAGGAAGGCUCCCGCUCCCAUCCUGAGCUGAAAAGGAAAAGGAGCAUCAAAGAUCCAAAGCCUCGCGUUUGGUUUUUAUUUUUAUUAAAAACCUCCUGAUUUUCUCCAC